AUGGAGGUGGCCGCCCUGACAAGUGGUGGCGGCACGACGACGGUUGGUAACCCGCGCGGACCAUUCCAGCGCGAGGUGCGCGAGUGGCAACAUGUCGAUCCAAAUACGGGCGCGCUGCUGACGGGACGCCUCGAGGCGGACCGCUGGGUGAACGGACCGCUCAACAGCUACGGCAAGAUGGUCGCCCAAAACCUGUCGACACCGGACGGCACGCAGCACACGCAGCGGAAGCAGAUGGAGAUCCUUCAGGCCCGCACGUCCAGCGGCUCGCUGCAAGUGGUCCGGGCGCAAACCGUGCAAACCACCUCGUCCCGCUGGUCCACGUCGACCCUACACCAGCACCAGGAAAUCUCGAGCAGCACUGGCGCCGGCCAGUCCGGCGUUCCUGUAGCGCACCUGGGCGGCGCAUCCAGUGCACUGGUCAGCUCACUCACGGCUAAUGGCUUCCCCAGUCACCACCAGCCCCGUCUGGCACACGGUUCCCCGUUCCACCGAUCGCUGGCCGGUUCCAGUAGACUGCUGGGCUCCAGCUUUACCCGAUCGGGUCCCGCGGACGACAUGCCGUCCGCUGCUGCCGUCACCCAGAACUCUCCAUCAACGCUGUCACUCGCCAGCCCGGCCAAGUCGUUCUCGGCCCGGUUCACUGGCAUCUCCACCGCCGCCAACCACGAAUCACUGUUCUCGAACCCGCCGGCCACAGCAACCUCCAGCCUCAUCACCGGUAGCCCGCUGCGGUAUGGCAGGUUCAGCCAGGCCGGAUCGGAAGCGAACGAUCGAUCUUACGCUCCAGCGCAAACCGUUGCAGUCGAAUCAGAACGUCCAAGCGGCGGCAACAUUCCGCUGGCCCGCGGUAAGAGCAUUUCGAUCGAGGACCUUUCGACCGAGCGCGACGAAGCCAACUUCGAUGACGACGUCGAGCCCACGCAGUGGAAGCGAGUGAGCAAAAUACGGCGAUCAUUACAGUUUCCAAGGAAAACCACCCCGAGGACCAGCAGCCGGCCGAUCGAUCUGCCCGAGAACUCCGUCAGUGUGUCCCGCAUCUGCCAGGAGUUGGAAAACGGGCGCCGCCUCAACACGGCCAUGAGGAACAAUCACAUCGACUUUGUGGCCCUCGACAACAUUCUCAAGAGCGUAACGGAGCCAACGGGCAGUGCCAAGCCGUCGGAAGUGUCACCACCCCCGAAGUCACCCCCGAAGACGUCCUUCCUGACGGCGGAAUCCCUGCGCGAGAUCCGGGGACGUUUGCGGCGGCUCAGCAACGAGUGUCUGUACCGGGACGACAUGAGCCCGGGCGAGGAGCCAUCGAACCGCAGGCCGAGUGAUUCCGGUGAUGAUACGGGAGUCACGAUCACCGAGGUCGAGACUCGAUUCGGGCAGCUCGAGACGAGCAGCUCGUCCGAUUCGAACUACAAAAGCAACAGUCUGCAGUCGGCCACCAAGAAGCCACCGGACGCGUCCGCCGUGCUGGCGCCCGACGAUUGGCAUUCGCGCCGCAAAUCGUACGGCUUCGAGCGCAUGACCCAGCAACCGCUCGGUGGAAGCUUUGGGAAGAUGGACUCGUCCACCGAUAGUGGAAUCGGCCGCUCAUCCGAGCUCAGCUCGAGCUGGUCCAGCGGAGGAGCUCCUACGGAGAGCGCCUACCAGCGGGCCACCAUCGUGACGCUGGGUGAACAGAGGCCAACGGCCACCCCGAAGCCUAACCCGGCGAUGGUGAUCAAGAUCAAGGCCGAAGCCGGAGGAUCGGCCGACGCGGAUGGACAGGACGAAGAACCGAAGCGACACUCGAUCGCCGUCGACGAGACGAGCUACGUGCGGGACAGUCUGCGGAGCAUGUUCGAACGCAAAUCGUCCGUCAACGUGAACGGGUUCAGCCACACGUUCAUCGACGAGAUGAGCCGCAACAAGAAGCGGGUCGAGUUUUGUAAAACCGAGGUCCACUUCACGGCCGACUCGGGCCGGGUGAACAUCGUCGAAACGGACGAGAAGCCACCACCGACCAACAACUUCCGGCGCCGCCGACGGCCAUCGGGUUCGUCGCCUGCCGGCGGAUACAUGCUGAUCGAGGAUGGUGUGGCGGGUGAAAGCAGUGCCCUGGAAGCACCCCAACAGGAAGCGGAAGUGCCGGUGGUAGUCACCACAACGAUCGGCGUUAGUCGACCGGUGCCGGAACCGACACCGCGAAAGUUUGUACCACCCAGUGCACCGUCCAGCGCUCCGGGAACGUCAGUUUCGGAUGACAGUGAUGGCCACUCGGCGGACGAGAUAUCGCUCCGGGGAAUUCUGAAAAACAAACCGGUCAAACCGAAACCGUACGUGCUGGGUGAACACCUGGAGAGCAGCGAGAGCCUGUGGGGCGUGAAGCUGAGGCCGGUCAGUGGGACAGUGGCGGGCGAGACGGCCACCAACCGGCUGAGCGUCGAUCUUGGAGGUGAACCGAAGAGCGUAUCGCCACUGGCCGGGAGCUACUCGACGAAGAUCAACCUCACGCCGACUGCGGCCAGCUCCUGGAACACCACCACAGGUAAGCACUUCUCGGGGCGUCGUGUGAUCGCGUGUGGCUUUCUCGCGGACGCGAAGUCGACCACGAAGAUCCUGAUCGAUAUGACGUCGGUGGCGGCAGCGGCGGCUGCGACAACGACAACCGGGCCGGUGGACGCCCUCAAGUCCACUUCGCUGAUCAUGCGCACGAUGCGCUCGGCAACGCAGUUCGAUGAAGCGCUGAAAAGCCUACAGGCCGUCCGGCGUGACUCCCUGGAGGACCCAGUGAGUGGGAUGCCCCUGUACCACCAGCAGCUCAGUCUGUCCGCGGACAUUACGAAACCACGGCGCCAUUCGGCGUUUCAGCUGAUCGGGACCGGCAGCCAAUCGAUCGCCAAGUCAAGCAGCGCCAGCAGCAUCUACGUCGAGUACCCGAAGCUAAAGGUGGGCAAGUAUGCGUCCUCGCUCGAUGGAGAUCCACUGGACCGGGUGGCCGACUCCGCUGGCCACUCCUCACGGUAUGGUGGGAUGCCGACGAGCAUGAUCAGCACCCGGCGCUCGCUGACCAACGAGUCACGCCUGUCGGACCUGGAGGCGUACGUGAGCAAAAACAUGGCCGUACGCCGAUCGAGCACGGCCGACGAUAUCGUGCAGGCGGAUCGGUUGGCCAGCAAACCGAUCGCGGCGCCACGCCUCAAGAAGCUCGGCUCGAGUGUGCUGAGUCAGCAGCUGUCCCAGUUGAGACGACUGUACGAUGCGGCCGAGCAGUACGACAGCGACAGCGACAGUGCCAAGGCGGACGAGGAAGUCAACCGGUAUCUGGGUAGCUUGGCCGAUGGAUCACUGGCGGCUGCUGCCGGGACCGAGGAGAAGCUGACCACCGAGGUGUCGGGUAGCUGGAGCCGGAUCAAGGCGAAGCGCAACAUUCAGAAGAACUACACGGCCCGGGAUGCGUCGGUGAACUCGUCCGCAGAAUUCGAGAUCGUGAAGCCCUCGGCCGCCCGGAUCAGUCGCCAGGCAGUCAAGCCGUCGAACGUGAUGUCGAUCGAGUUGAAAAGUCCGACUCCCGCCAAGAAACUGCCCUCGCCCCGUAGCUCUAGUCCAGAUCCGCUCACGCUGCCCACAAAGUCCCAAUCGAACGACGAAUCGACGGCUCCGCAGCAGUCAACGAACUUUCGAAGACACAUUCCGACCAAGACGACAACGACGACGGCGGCGGCGGCCACGGCGGGCGGGUCUCGCCCACCGUCCGGCGCCGCCAACGAGGAGCGGGCCUCGCUCCGGCUUUCGUCCGGGGCGCGGCAACUGCGCGAUCAUGAACUGUCAUUCUUCGGCGUAAACCCGAACAAGCAGCAGUCGUCCGGAUCGGUCCGAACCGGUAAACCACAAACGACCCCAUCGAUCGCCACGGCUUCGGCGUUCCAACGCUCGGCCACCCUAACCUCGUCCUUUAUGCGGCGGUCCGGUGUACCGACUGGCCCGGCGACGGCCACCAGCUGGCAGCUAACGAACGACAAACCGGAUCUACUACGCCACGAGGUGGACGAUGUCAAGCUGCCGGCUGCCGCCAGCAAGGGUCCGACCAGCACCACCGGUGGACACAACUCGAGCGUAAGCGUGAACAGCAGCAGCAGCAGCGUGACCACGUCCACGCUUUCGUCCGCCGCCGAAGGACCGCACUACGAAAAUCUGGCCCAUUUUGCUCAGCCCAAACCGAAAGCAGCCCAACGAACGGCAGCGACGGCGGCCAGUGGGCUGAGUGACUAUGCAUCGCCACCGGCCACCACCAGCAAGGAUGCGGCCCCGUACGAUCGCAAGAAGGAUCUCGAGCGCGAUGAGCGCAUCCUGGAGGAGCUCACCCGGGCUGCGGAUGAAAUUUUGAAUGUUGUCAACAACAUGUCCAACGGGGAGAGCGUCGAGAGUAUCCUGAGCGAGCUGAACGAUGGCGGUGACCACCAUCGGCGGCUGUCAAACGGAGGCUGUACGCUCGGCACGAUCCGUGAGUGCUCCACCACGAACAAGAUCAUGAAGUCGCGGGGUGUGCAGGUGUCCAAGAAUCUGGACGAUAGUCUUAAGCGCCACCACUACCGUCAGUGUGGAAGAGUGUCAUCGGCAUCGUCGAACGAAAGUAUUGGGCACCGGGCGGAGGGUGUCUUCACGAGAAGCCACUCGAUGCGCGGAUCGUCCUCGGUACAGUCGGCAGGUUCCACGGCCGACGGGUUGUCGUCCCGCUCCGGCUCUAGCCGACGGAGCCGCCUACAGUUGUCCACGUCCGGCGGUGAAUCGAGCCGGCGCUUGGUGCGCAUGUGCAGCAAGGAGAAGCUACAAUCGAACCCCAGCUCCUCGGAGGACCUCCCGAACGGUGGGGUCGUGGAGCCGCCACGUAGACCGCGCCGCACACGCUACGUCUCGAAGGACCAGCCGGUGGUGGCACGAUCGGCGGAGCGCGUGUCCGGAUCCUCGUCGCAUCGAUCGCAUCGCAGUGAGCGAUCGAAUGGCUCGAUCCGUAGUUCCAGCUCCAGAAACGGACACGGUGCGGCUAACGGGCACAGCCCCAGCAUCGGAUCGCGUUCCGUGAAGACGGUGGCCGGCAUCGGACAAGCGGGGCAGCCCGGACAGGCCGGAAGCGGGCUGUCGAGCACAACGACGUACGUAUUGCAAUCGUUUCUCGUACCGCCACCGCGGCGCAAGCGGCGCCAGCCGGUCCAGCAGCACCCAACGAAGGUGGCCAAGGUCGUACGGCGCCACUCGUCCCGGCGCAAGCUGCACCCGCCCAAGCGGCACCGCCGACGUGCACUGGAGCGGUGCAUCUGCUCCUAG